CAGCAAUUGUACGUGGGUAGUGGCGCUUGGCGCAUGCGUAGAAUACGGGCUGAGCGGCCGGUUACCGAGGGGGAUUAGCUAGGCAAGAUGGCUACGUCCCUUGGAUCAAAUACUUACAACCGGCAAAACUGGGAGGACGCGGACUUUCCAAUUCUUUGUCAGACAUGCCUGGGAGAGAAUCCAUAUAUCCGAAUGACCAAAGAGAAGUAUGGAAAAGAAUGCAAGAUAUGUGCUCGACCAUUUACAGUUUUUCGCUGGUGUCCAGGGGUGCGCAUGCGCUUUAAGAAGACGGAGGUAUGCCAGACAUGUAGCAAAUUGAAAAAUGUCUGUCAGACCUGUCUACUAGAUCUGGAGUAUGGACUGCCAAUCCAAGUACGCGAUGCUGGAGUUUCCCUAAAGGAUGACAUGCCUAGGUCUGAUGUGAACAAAGAAUACUACACUCAGAACAUGGAAAGAGAGAUUUCAAAUUCUGAUGGCAGUCGUGCAGUUGGAGCUUUAGGCAAAGCCACAUCAAGCAGUGACAUGCUCUUAAAACUGGCUCGUACUACCCCUUACUACAAACGUAACCGUCCACACAUCUGUUCAUUUUGGGUGAAAGGAGAAUGUAAAAGAGGCGAGGAGUGCCCAUACAGGCAUGAGAAACCAACAGAUCCUGAUGACCCUCUUGCAGAUCAGAAUAUCAAAGACCGUUAUUAUGGUAUUAAUGACCCUGUAGCAGACAAAUUAUUAAAACGGGCUUCUACAAUGCCCCGUCUCGACCCUCCAGAAGACAAAAGCAUCACCACUCUAUAUGUCGGAGGGCUAGGUGAUAACAUAAACGAGUCUGAGCUUAGGAGUCACUUUUACCAAUUUGGUGAAAUCCGAACGAUUACAGUAGUUCAGCGACAACAGUGUGCCUUUAUUCAGUUUGCUACCAGGCAGUCGGCAGAAACAGCAGCAGAGAAAUCAUUUAACAAGCUAAUAGUUAAUGGUCGUCGACUCAAUGUCAAGUGGGGAAGAUCUCAGGCUGCCCGAGGGAAAGAGCGAGAACGAGAAGGUGUUACGGAUACUGGAUUGAAACUUGAACCUGUCCCUGGUCUCCCUGGAGCUUUGCCACCUCCGCCAACAGAAGAGGAAGCCACUGCUAAUUACUUUAAUCUUCCUCCAAAUGGAUCUCCUGCUUUAGUUAACAUAGCACUGCCUCCUCCUGGCUUAACUGGACCACCUCCAGGAUUUGGCGCACAUAUGUUCCCUCCUAUGGCACCUCCUCCUUUCCUCCGGGCUCCUGGUCAUAUACAUUAUCCAUCUCAAGAUCCCCAACGGAUGGGCGCACACUCGGGCAAGCCCAGCAGUUCCUAGAUAUAAGAUCUUUUUCUUUGAUCCAACUGAAUGAUGGCUUGAUCAAGCAGUGUCAUUGCAAGCACAGACCCUAUCCAUUGUAAUAUAAAAUCCACUGAUGGUGCUGGUGUAUUGUCUGUCACUGUGCUAAGGACCCUUCUAAUAUCUGAAGCAAAAUGGUGACUUAUUUUGGAUGUGAUGAGCUUUUAAAUUUUUGUUUCCACAUCAAGGAGAAGCAGAAAUUGGGAAAACAAGCAGGAUGCAUUACAAGCGUGGUUGUAUUUUUUACCCUCAACUUUUAUUUCCCACCCCCCCCCCCCCCCC